AUGGCCGACCCAUUCUCGGUCACUACCGAAACCCUCCGCCUCAUCGUUGCCAUCAGGGAUCGGCAGUCCCAAGUGCGGCAGAACAAGAAGAAAUGCCAACAGCUGAUUGACCAUGUACGGUUGCUGGAGGCGAUUUUGCGGCAGCUAGAGGGGUCGCCAACGUUGGAUACAACGACGCCUGUUGCAGGGGCUUUCUCCAGGCUGCAACUUGCACUUAAAGAUGCAGACACACUGAUUGCCCGGGCUGGCUCGAUGGGCAAGGUUUCGUCUUUCAUCAAUGCGAUGGACACGAAGCAGGAGUUUGUCAACGUAUCUUCUGCGUUGAGCAUGUCUAUUCAGGGCCUGAUGCUUGCACAGUCCAGCUCUGGGCAAAAUGAUAUCAUGGAAAUCAGAAGGAGCAUCAGCAAGCUUGCGCAGGAUGUGGUUGCUACAGAAUACCCCCUGGAGCUGGAUAGCAGACAGGAAAGGCUAUACGUCAAUAUGCGACAAAUACUUGACCAAAUGCACAAUGGCACCACCGCAUUCUCCGACGGACGAACAGCUAUGUACAGGCUUCUGGAGGACGCCGUAGGCAAGGAGGAUCUGCAGGCUGAACAGCAGCAGACAUUUGAAUAUAUUGCUGCCGAGCUGAAGAUGGCAAGUACCAAGAAAGGGGUCAUGGAAGAUUUCUACCUUCGACAAAUCCAGGCGGCAAUCGACGAGGGCAUGCCGCGAGAAAGUCAAUACAGCUCUCGCAAAGCCUAUCUGUGCCCCAUCACACUGCAGGUGAUGAAGACGCCGGUAAUGAUAAUUGAGACAGGGGUGACAUAUGAGAAGACUUCUAUCGAAAAUUGGUUCGCACGUGGUUUCAGGACUUGCCCUGUGACAGGCAAGAAUCUCGCUUCCACACAGCUCGUGGUGAAUCGAGGAUUGCAGGAUGCUAUCGAAGGCUGGAUGCGUCAAGCAGAGGGAGCGAGCUCGCAGGUACCCAACAAUGGUUCAAUCCGUGCGUCAUAA